CUGGAUCCGCGCGCUGGGGCCUGGGGUCCUCGGGGCCCGCGAGGCCCAGUCUGAGGGGCCGGGCCUGCGUGGGCCCACCUCGGGGCCCCCAUGAGGCACAGCCUGACCAAGCUGCUGGCCGCCUCGGGCCGCGACUCCCCGGCCCGCAGCGAGAGCCCGGCGCCGGCGGCGACCUGCUCGCUGCCCCGGGCGGCGGCUCGGGAGACGACGACGACGACGGAGGCGGCGGCUUCGGCGCAGGGUCGCCUGCAGCCGCCGGGCGACGGGGGCGAGGUGAGGACCGGGCGGGGGAGCCGCGGCGGCGCGGCGGCGCGCGCGUCCUCGCCGGAGGAGAUGGAAGAAGAAGCGGCCGCCAGUGUCCGCGAGGAAGACCCGGAGGACAUGGACUUUCUCUCCGGGCUGGAACUGGCGGACCUGCUGGACCCCCGACAACCGGACUGGCACCUGGAGGCCGGACCCGGCUCCCCGGGGCCGCUGUCUUCGUCCGGCGGAGGCUCGGAUCCCGGCGGCCCGUGGCGCGGGGACGACGACGACGACGCCGCCGCGGCGGCCGAGAUGCAGCGCUUCUCGGACCUGCUGCAGAGGCUGCUGAACGGCAUCGGCGGCGGCGGCAGCGGCGGCAGUGACAGUGGCGGCGGGGAGAGAAGGCGGAGGAAGGUCCCCGGAGGCGGCGGCGGCGGCAGCGGCGGCGGCGGCGGCGGCGGCAGCAACGGGAACGACAGCAGCCAGGCGGCGACAAAGAGUCCCCGCAAGGCGGCGGCGGCCGCUGCCCGCCUCAACCGGCUGAAGAAGAAGGAGUACGUGAUGGGGCUGGAGAGUCGAGUCCGCGGUCUGGCAGCCGAGAACCAGGAGCUGCGGGCCGAGAACCGGGAGCUGGGCAGACGCGUGCAGGCACUGCAGGAGGAGAGUCGCUACCUACGGGCCGUGCUGGCCAACGAGACCGGCCUGGCUCGCCUGCUGAGCCGGCUGAGCGGCGUGGGACUGCGGCUGACCACCUCGCUCUUCAGGGACUCGCCCGCCGGGGAUCACGACUACGCCCUGCCCGUGGGGAAGCAGCCGCCGGAGCUGCCGGAGGAGGACGACGCGGCGGGAGGAGUGUGUCUGCAUGUGGACAAGGAUAAGGUGUCGGUGGAGUUCUGCUCGGCGUGCGCCCGGAAGGCGUCGUCUUCUCUUAAAAUUUUCUUUUUUAGGUGAUUUCCUUCCUGCCAGGCUCCGUUGUAGGGGUUGCAGAACAGUCGUUCCCGCCUCACAACCUGGUAAGGAUCCAUCUCUUCACGUAACGCUCAUGCUCUGCUGCUUUAGUCUACUUUAAUGGGCAACAUCUCAAUUUGUGUGCGUGUGAUUUUUUUUUUUUUUAUUUUUUUUUUUCUUUUGGAAGGUGGGAGGGGAAAUCUUACUUUGGGCCCUGUCCACCCUGGAAACAGACUUGUGCUGGUCAAUAAUGUAUUUAAGAUGCUUUUUCUAGUCGAAAUAGCUGUUAAAUGUGUCACCUUGUUCAGACUUGCGUGUACCUAGCUCUUCUGUCCCCAGUGUGGACAUGGCCUUGGAAGACAUCGGUUCCAACUGUACACUGAAACCUGCUUAUAGAGAUACAGUUUGGAGACAGUGAAACAGGUGAAGUUGAAUGGAAGUUCCGAGUUGUACAAGGUGCAAAUUGGAAUUCCAAUCUUAGAUCAACUUUUAAGAGGUUGACUAGUAUUUGAGGCAUGCACAAAUGUGAUAUUUUGCUGGAAAUGACAGAAAUCUUUUAAACAUUUAAGAAUGUUUAGUUUUCAAUAGGAAAUACAGGAAUUCAAUAUAGAGUGACAGAUUUUAAUAUUGCACCAUUAGAGACAUUAGAAAUUAAUUUACAUAACAGAAUUCUGUGUUUUAGAGGAAGAACAAGAAUGGUUAAUGAAAUGUUUUUUUUUUUUAAUAAAAAUUUUUUAAGGACCAGCACAGUGAUUAACCUGUCACUGAGUACGAAUAAAUGGUUGUACUCCUUUGCUUUUUGUUGUAUUAAAAUUUUAGGUUAAAUUUAUGUAUGUAUGAUUAUAUAUUGAAGAUUGCGAAAUGUGAAUGAAUAUGUGUAAAGUGAGGCUUCACAAAGAAUCGUAUUGCAUAUUUUUAAAGUUUUGCCUUAAAAAAAUUUUCAAAAUGAGUAGUCCUGGUCACUCAAUGUGAUUGACACUAUUUUUCCAAAGAUGGGACAUAUUCUUCUUUCCAAAUACUCAGUGUCCAUUUGUAUGAAUUGAGUUACAAUGUCCUUCAUUGUAAGAGGCAUUAAAAAAUUCUUUGUGAAACAUCACUGUUUGAUAAAGUAUAUACGUAUUUAGCAUCCUUGUUUUUCUUUGUGCUAAAGUGGAUACAGCUGUUGGGGCAGAAGAGACGGGACCAGCUGCUGGCCACAUUUCCUGCUUUAUUUUAAAAGGUAGUAUAAGAAAUGAGGAAAAAGAGGUAAUAUCAGGGCUUCUGCUGUUUUUUUAUUUUUAAAAUGUUCAUAAUUAUUUUCCAGCAGUCCAAAGAUGUAAGUUAUCUUACAAGUUAAGAUGUUUUAUUAUGUUGUUUGAUUAUGGAAAUGAAAUUCUUGUUCUUGCACAACUGUAAAUGUUUUGUUGCUAGAUAGUAUGAUUUGAGACCUAAAUUGGCCUCUGGUUUCCCGUGCAUCACGGCAUAUUUUGUAAAAUCAUCUACUGCACUUGAGCAUGAAUGGGUAAUAGCCAAACUCAACCUGGAGUGACGGACCUGCUUAUACUAAGGGCAGGAGCAAGCCCCUCACAAUGCAGCUGCAUGGAUUUUUAGUGCCUACUGAAUUAUACAUAUAUAUAUGUAUAUAUAUAUACACACACAUAUAAAUGUGUGUGUAUAUAUAUACAUAUAUAUACACACACAUAUACAUAUAUAUAAACCCAAAGUAGUUGGAAAAAAUAUUUGAAAUGACUAAUUUGUGCUCUUUAUGAAAUGUUAAAUGUAGCUUUUUGAAACAGAAGCCUUGAAUUGAAAUAUAACUAAUACUUGAACAUUUUUGUAUAUAUUUCUUUGUAUAUAAUUUUGUGCAGUACCAAUGACAAAAAAUAUGGUAUAAUAAAACCAGGUUUGUUGAUCUUUCAGUUAUGGGCUCAAAGAAUUUAUUCAUCUCUAACAUGACAUUGGAAAACAAUGGGCGAAAAUAGGAAAAAUGAUGAUUGUUAAUGCUGACUAUGGGUCUUAAAAAGUUCUGGAUUCAGUAAGUUUGUUUUUCUAAAAAUUACACCACGGAAUAUUUUCUUCCUAACAUCAGUGCUUUUCAUGCAUUGUUUGAGCUGGGGAGAGAGAAGCAGUAGUAAUCGACGCUUUCUGAAUUGGGAUAUUUUUAGAUUCCAAGUAUAGAUUUUCUAGAAUGCCAUUUUAUAAAUGGCAGUUUGGAGAAUUACAUGAUUAACAACUUUUGAAAAUGGAAAGAUUAGUUUGUCCUGUGUUUAAAGCUGCUUUGUUAGAUUUCUCAUGUUUUAUUAAUUGUCUUUUCUUAGUUUCCAUUUCAUAUUUCUUUUCUAGUUUUGGUGAUUUAGUGAUUUUGUCAUUUUUUACAUCAAUUCAUGGUCUUGUUUUACAUGGUAAUUGCAUGUACUUAGGUCUAUCUAAUUAGGGACUUUAAAUGAAUUUGGUCAUAUUUAUGUGUAAGCACAUUUUAUUGUAAAUGUUUGGGUUUCUGAAUUUACAACAGAUGUUUAUUUCAAUAUGUAGUAAACAGUAUCUUAAAGUGUCCUAUUCACAACUGUUAAUUAAAAAAGUUAUGAUUAAUAUAAAACUGUUGUCUUACUAUUUUUAGAAAAUUGUAUUAUGGAUGGUUAGUAUUUGCUUAAAGAUUUCUGGAAUAUAAAGAGAUUGUUUACAAAUUUUCAGGCUUGGUUCUAUAUAUAGUAAUGAUUGCAAACAUUUUAGAAUUUAGAGAGCCGUUUUGCUAUUUAUUUUUCCCCUCAUGCCUCUAUGGUAAAAUGAUACAGAACUAGACUAAAAAUACAGAUUUUAAUACUUUCUUUCCUAUAGUGUCAGGAAUUCAAACAUUAACACAUCAUGAUCUAUUUCUAUCAUAUUGACUUGUUUCUGCACUUCCUUGACCAGACUUAACUAAAAAGUACACAUUUGUUAAAAUGUAGUCACACUUCUGAUCAACAAAGUGUUCAAAAUAUUUAAAUAUUUGUGCAUUUUAUAAUCACUAAAUUAAUCUCUCUUUCUUCUCUUUAAACAGCUUAGCAGUAUCUGCAAAAAACGAAUCUUUUCCUACAACCCGUUAACUGACUGGACUGAUGGUAACAAAGUAAUUGUGGGAGCCAUGUCGGUCAAAAAUUUGGCAUCUGCUGAAAAACAAAAAAAGAAUGCCAUUUUCAAGUUCCCAAAUUACUUCUAUUCUGAUUUCACUUUCCAGAAAUGGAGAUAUGAAAAGAUUCUCUGGAAUGCUUGAAAGACUUACUAGAAAUACAUAAGACAACAAUUAUACUUUCUUUUUUUUUUUUGUCUUUCAUGGGAGUGAUACUCAGUUCUUUGCAUACUUUUCAAAAAUUGUAACUCUUGGAGAAGAGAAUUAUAGUAUUUCAUCAAGAAAUAUUAGAUUCUUUCCAUAAUCAAGACCACAUCCUAUGGAAUUACAUUUAGCAGACUAGAAUUACAUAAACAGGUUACCUAUCAGUAAUUACAAAGCAAAUUGAGUUUGUAUUUAUUUCCUGGAAUGUAAGAGCUAAUUUAGAGGACAGAAACCCUUGCUGAGUACAAUAUAAAAGUUAAUGUAAAGUCCUUAACUUAUAAAGAGUAGUCUUCUGAAAUAGAUUGUUUUUAUGUCUUUGAAAAAAAGUUGAUUAUGAUAAAAUGUGUGGUUAGUUGAUUGCAAUUUAGGGAUAACUCUAGGAUGUGUGAAAUUUGAGGAUUUGGCUUCUUGAGCUUUCUUUGAGUACUUUUAUACUGUAUUUUGAAUAUUCUGAGGUUUCUCUUGUUUCCUAUUAAAAUUUCUUUAGUGUUCUGUAAGGGAUUUAGUGGGAGUGACUUAUUUUAUAUGGUGGUUUUAAUUAAUUGAAAUAUUUUUCUUGUUUAUUACAAGUAU